AUGGGAAAAGCCGAUCCUAAAUUCAGAACACUAUUUCAAAGUACAUUACUCCAAGCUUUGCGCGUGGAAUAUGCUCAUCCGGCUUCUAAUGCGAAAAAUAUAACCUAUUAUGGAAACACGAAUCCCAUGAGUUCAAUAAUAUUUCGGGAAAAAGUUACGAAACUGUGUUAUGCGAUGGGAUCAGUUUUAGGUGGCGCAAAGAAAGAUGGCAGUAAACCAAAUAUGGAGCCAUCAUUACAACUCACUCCAUCAUCAUUGGCGAUUCCGUGA